AUGACGCUUACAACGAACAAUCUCAAAAUCGUGUAUGGCGGUGCUUCUUUCAACAGCGGCUAUGGCGCGACUGCAAAAGACAUUGGUGAUGUGCUGGAGUUCUUGAAAAAGGAGGGUAUUGUCACACUCGAUACUGGUCAAGCCUACGGGGAUAGCGAGGAGCUCAUUGGGGCAGCCAAGGCUGCCUCGCGAGGCUUCACACUCGACACCAAAGUAGCUGGUGGCUUGUGGCCCACUGUUCACACCACCAAGGAGACCGUCAUCAAAGCCGGCGAGGAGAGCCUCAAAAAACUUGACACGGAUCAGGUUGAUGUUUACUACAUUCAUGCUCCAGACCGCAAGGUCCCGAUCCAGGACACCCUCGAAGGCAUCAACGAGUUAUACAAGGCUGGCAAAUUUCGACGCUUUGGGUUGUCCAACUUCAGGCCCGAAGAGGUAGAAGAGGUUGUGCGCGUCGCCAAGGAGAACAACUUUGUCCUCCCUUCAGUCUUCCAGGGAAACUACAAUGCUGCUGGUCGUCGUCCAGAUACCGAUUUAUUCCCUAUUCUCCGGCAACACAACAUCGCGUUUUAUGCGUAUUCUCCCAUUGCUGGUGGCUUUUUGACCAAAACUCCCGACGACAUCAACGUUCAUGGAAAAGGCCGAUUCGAAAAGGGCAGUUUCUUUGGAAAUAUGUACAACAGCCUUUACAAUAAACCUGCCAUGCUCAACUUUCUGGUCGAGUUUGGCAAAGUUGCUAGCAGUGAAGGCAUUCCACAAGCAGAACUCGCUUAUCGAUGGGUGACCUAUCACUCACAGUUGAGCGCCGAGAGUGGAGAUGCGAUUAUCAUUGGCUCUCGCUACGGCAGUCAAUUGACCAGCACCAUCGAAGGGUUGAAAAAGGGGCCGCUGAAAGAGGAGAGCGCUCAGAAGUUGGAUGAACUAUGGAAGGGCAUCGAAGAAGAAGCUAUAUUGGACAACUUUAACAACUUCAUUUCCUUGGCUAAUUGA